GAAGUAAGUAGCUGUCUAGGCUGUUAGGGGAGCAUAUUUCCACCUCUGAUGUUCAGCAACCUGACGAGACUAUUACCACUUUCAAUCACAAUUAUGGUACCCUCGCGAGGUGGCACAGCCGGCGGUGGAAUCAACAGCGUUAAAUAUUCAAGAUUGGCAGAGAGCGAUGAAGGCUAUAUCGAUCUGCAGUUCAAGAGAACCCCACCCAAAGUACCAUACAAAGCCAUUGCCUUGGCAGUGUUCCUGUUCUUGGUUGGUUCUUUACUGAUUAUUGUUGGAUCUCUGCUUUUGGCCGGGUACAUUCAUGUUUCAUAUCCAGAUCGUACAAUUCCAGUUCUCAUCAUUGGAGUCCUUAUAUUUCUCCCUGGAUUCUAUCACUUGAGGAUUGCCUACUAUGCCUCCAAGGGUUACCGUGGUUACUCCUAUGAUGACAUUCCAGACUUUGAUGACUGAACCUAAUACAUGCCAAAUGGCCCAUCUAACCAUCCCAUAGCUCUGGAAGUAUGACUGUUGGUUUUGCUGUGUUAUUGCAGAAUGUGCAUGAUGUGCCUUCAUAUUUUCUCUGUGAUCACUGAUUUUCCUUCAAGCUGUGAUCUAGCAACCAGCUGUUCCUUUUCUAAGGUACAGUGAAGGCAGUAUACACUCAUCAAUGCUGCAUAGAUGUACUAUGUUUAUUAUAUCAAAGUCUCAAUUCACAUCUAUAUUAUGCAAACUAAUAUUUAUUUAGUCCUAUGCAUGAAAAGCCAAACAAUAAAUGGCCAAGGUCUUCUUUGUAUUUUGUGUACAUGCUCCAAUGAGAUUUUUAUGAGUUUUAUAUCAUGUAUAUAUAGUUGCAAUGAGAGGUAUUGUUUUGAGAGAUUAAACUGCUAUAAUGAACUUA